GCGGGCCGCUCUGUCCACGCGUCUCGCUGUUCCGGACCUCCACGGUGCCGCUCUAGCAAGUUUUCUCGAUCUUCCGGCUUGCUCUAGCGCGUUAUCUCGUUGUUCCGGACCUCCACGACUCUAGCAUGUCUUCUCGCUGUUCCGGGUUGCUCUGGCCCAUCGUCUCGCUUCCUUAGACCUCCAUGAAUCCGCUCUGGUCAUUCACCUCGUUGCUCCGGGCCUCCAGCCUGCCACUCUAGCUCUAGCUCUCCCUCUUGCUGCUCCUUGUCGCUCUGACCUCUCGUUUCUCUGCCCAAGACUACCGAUGACGUAAUUCUGGUUCCUCCUCUCGCUGCCCUGGGCCGCUCUAGCUGCCCCCUCGUUGGCCUAGACUUGCAGGAUGCCACUCUAGCCUCCCAUCUCGGUUCUCCGGGGGGCCGCUCUGGCCCGUCCUCUCGCUGCUCCGGGCCCAGAGACCGCCUCCUCCCCGAGGAGCUACUGCAGCCGCGAGCGGACCGGGGCAUGGCCCCUGCCACUGGGUGCUGACCCCCCCCCUGUUGCCACGACGAUGGCCCCUGCGGGGGCGCUGCUGGCACUGGCACUGGUGGUGCUGAGCGGGGCAGGGGGGGCGCGGGCUGGCGACUGCAAGGGGCAGCGGCAGGUGCUGGGGGGCAGCAGUGGCUACGUCAGUGAUGGCCCCGGCAACUACUCUGUCAACGGCAACUGCGAGUGGCUCAUUGAAGCCCCCAGCCUGCAGCACCGCAUCCUGCUGACGUUCACGUUCAUGGACACGGAGUGCACCUAUGACUACCUCUUCGUCUAUGACGGCGACUCGCCGCGCAGCCCCCUGCUGGCCAGCCUCAGUGGCAGCACCCUGCCUCCCCCCAUUGAAGCCACGUCCGGCAAGAUGCUGCUGCACCUGUUCAGCGAUGCCAAUUACAACCUGCUGGGCUUCAAUGCCACCUACCGAGUCUCGCUCUGUCCUCAUGGCUGCAGCGGGCGCGGGGCCUGCGGGGCUGACGGCCGCUGCCUCUGCCCCCCGGGCUGGGGGGGCCCGGCCUGCCAGGACCCUGCCUGCCCCACCUACUGCCAGGCUCAUGGCACCUGCAGCCAGGCCAGUGGGCGCUGCGAGUGUGAGUCGGGCUUCGUGGGCCAGGGCUGCGAGCUGGCGCUGGGUGAGAACCAGGGCGGGGGGCGCUGGUACAAUGUCAGCGCCAUGGACUCUGCCUUCCACCCCCGUGCCGCUGCUGCCGGCGCCUUCCUGCCGUCUGCCGGUGCCCUCUACCUCUUUGGCGGUCUGGAUUUGAACACAGCUCUGGGCGACCUCAUCUACUACAACUUUAGCACCAAUGUGUGGCACCGCCUGGUGCUUAGCCCCUCCCCGGCAGCGCGGCACUCGGGAGCAGCAGCAGCCUGGCAGGGGGCGCUGGUGCUGUGCGGGGGGCAGCUGGCGGACGGGCACCUGGCCCACGACGUUUGGACCUUCCUGCCGGCUGAGGGGCGGUGGCGUGAGCUGGCCCCAGCCCACGGCCCUGCGCCCCCUGGCCUGGCUGCCCAUGCUGUUGCUCUCGUUGAUCCCUGGCUCUAUGUCUUCGGAGGCCGCACAGAGGAGGAUUUCUUCUCGGCGCAGCUCUUCCGCUUCCACCUGGAGUCGUGGCUGUGGGAGCGGGUGGUGCCGGCAGGUGGGAAGGCACCCGCAGCCGCUGGCCACUCCAUGGUCUUCCAUCCACCGUCUCGUGCACUUGUGGUUUAUGGGGGGCACCGGCCCUCCACUGCCCGCUUUAGCAUGCGCGUUAACACCACGGACCUGUUCCACGUGGACCUGCGGCUCUGGACCACACUGCGGCCCCGUGACACCCCCCGUGGCCCCCGCGAGCGCGCCUUCCACAGUGCCACUGUCAUCGGCGACUACAUGGUGGUUUAUGGUGGCAAUGUGCACAUCCACUACCAUGAAGAGAAAUGCUACGAGGAUGAGAUCUUUUUCUACCACCUUGGCUGCCAUCAGUGGGUGCCCGGGCGUGAACUGGCCCACGGCCUGCCCCAUGAGCGCGAGGGCCGGGGGCCGGCAGGGGGGCGCUAUGCGCAUGUGGCAGCUGUGCUGCAGGGGGGAGUCCUGCUGGUGGCUGGAGGAUUCAGCGGGGUCCCCCGCGGUGACCUGCUGGCCUACAAGGUGCCUGCUUUCGUCUUCCAGGUGCCCGCCCAGAAUUACCACCUGGAUUACUGCUCGCUGUAUGCCGAGGAGGUCACGUGUGCCAAGGACCCGGCCUGCGCCUGGUGCCUGGACGGUUGCCAGAGCCCCGCACCCCGCAGCAGCUGCCCUAGCUCAGGCUGCCUGGGCCUGGCGCGGCUGCUGGGUGACUGCGAGUCAUGCCUGGCAUUUGGGGGGGGUGGCGGUAGCGCUCCCUUGCCCCGUGCCCCAGGGCCCUUCGGCUGGUGCGUCCAGAAUGAGACCUGCAUGCCCAUUGCUGAGCAGAGCCGGUGUCGCGUGGGGCAGAUCUCAGGGACCUAUGGCUGGUGGGGGCCACGGCCCGUCUUUGUCACGACCCUGGAGCGUUGCCAGGCUGAGAACUUCUUGCCUGGCCUCCACCUUGUCACGUAUCAGCACCCGCGCAACGACUCCCAGCCCGACAAGGUGUCGAUCGUGCGCAGCACGGCCAUCACGUUGAGCCCCAGUGCAGAGAUGGACGUCUCGCUGGUCUACAAGGGUUUCUUGUACCCGCUGGCAGGGGCUGGUGCAGCCGGAGGUGCUGAGCCCGAUGUGGCUGUGUGGGCCCGCAUGCAGCGCCUCUUUGUGGUGGCACGCCUUGCCCGCCAGCCUGGGGCUGCUGACAUGGAGGAGGUGGGGCGCUGGGCAGCGGGGCAGGAGCGUGAGACGCGGCCACUGCGGCGCCCAGGUGGGGGGCGCUUGUUCCCGGUGCCUGGGCGUGGGCACAAGUACGCACUGCAGGUUGAGGGACACCUCAAUGCCUCGGGCCAUGGCCAGGCCAGCGAGCUCGCUCUGCUCUGGGACCGUACCGGCCUGCCCGGUGGCAGCGAGAUCUCGUUCUUCUUCUUGGAGCCAUUCCGCUCGGCCGGGGGAGCAGCCUGUACCUCGUACCCCUCCUGCCUGGCCUGCCUGGCUGACCAGGGCUGCGGCUGGUGCCCCCCUGCCGCCACCUGCCACCCACGCACUGGCCCCCCGGGCACUGGGCCCUGCGGUGGGGGCUCUGUGCGCCUCGUCCUGGCCCCAGCCCACUGCCCCCACUGUGAGGACCACCGUGACUGCCAUGCCUGUGCCGCUGACCCAUUCUGCGAGUGGCAGGUCAGCAGCAGCAAGAAGGGUGACUUCCUCUGCAGCCGCCGUGGCCGGCAGGAGGGGGCUGUGCGGGACCCCCAGGGCUGCCCCAGCCUCUGCAGCCAGCGCCGCACAUGCGCGGACUGCCUGUCCAACUCGAGCCAGUGCGCCUGGUGCCAGUCCACCCGCAGCUGCUUCUUUUUUGCUGCCUACCUGGCCAAGUACCCGUACGGUGGCUGCCGUGGCUGGUACGACAGCGUGCACUCGGUGCCGCAGUGUCUGGACUGCGGGCGCUUCAACACCUGCCGUGAGUGCCUGCAACACCUGGAGUGUGGCUGGUGUGGCGACGCCGACAACCCCACGCUGGGCAGGUGCCUGCCCGGGGACUUCUCGGGGCUGCGCGGCUUCGCCAACUGCUCGGAUGCACUGGGGACUCCCCCCGGGCCGGGGCCCCCCCCUCGCUGGGCCUAUGGACGCUGCCCCGACGUGGACGAGUGCCGCCUGGGCCUGGCACGGUGCCAUCCAGCUGCCGCCUGCCGCAACACUCCUGACGCCUUUGAGUGCCGCUGCCGACGUGGCUAUGCCGGGGAUGGCCUCACCCACUGCAACCGCACGUGCUAUGAUGACUGUGGGCAUGGGCGCUGCAGCGGGUCCCCCAACUUCACGUGCGUGUGCGACCUGGGCUGGACAUCGACGCCAGGUGCAGGGGGGGCCGAGGGAGGGAGCGCACGCUGCACCGUGGACUGCGGCUGUCACUUCCACAGCUCCUGCGAGGCUGCCGGUCCUGGUGUCUGCGACCAGUGCCAGAACUGGACGCAGGGGCCACGCUGCGAGCGGUGCCGCCCUGGCAGCUUCGGGGACGCAAUGGGUGCAGGCGGCUGCCGCGAGUGCCGGUGCCACGGCCAUGGGCGCCCGGAGCUGGGCCACUGCCAUGCAACCACUGGUGCCUGCUUCUGUGCCCCCCCCACCGAGGGCCCCCACUGCGAACGCUGCGCCCCUGGUUUCUACGGGGACCCUAGGGACGGGGGCAUGUGCUACCGGGAGUGUGCGGGGCGUGAGCUGCUGGGAAACCUGUCGGGGGCGGCAGCGCUGGGGUCGUGGCGCGCAGGGGGAGCACCGGAGGGGGGCCUGGCCUACUGUGUCUGGGUGCUGGCGGCCACCCCAGGCCCCCAGCCCUGUGCCCCUGCGCCUGAGCCCGCCCCACCUCGGCCCUGCCCCGCCAUCAGUCUCCACAUCCAGCCUGACCUGCAGGGACCCUGCUCUAGCAGCUACGUGUAUGCCUUUGAUGGGGUUCCAGCCUUCCUCGACUCGGGGGUCAUCCAGGCUGACCGCACCCUCAUUGGGGCCUUCUGCGGCCGUGGCCGCGACCAGCCCCUGGUCCUGGAGGCCCAUUCAGGUGUGCUGGUGCUGUACUAUGAGGCCAAUGUGACAGCGGAGGAGGGCGACCCCCCUGUGCCCCUGCCCGGGUUUAACGCCACAGCCUGGGUGCGGGACUGCGCCCCCCCUGGCUGCGGGCCGGGCCGCGAUUGCCGCGCUGGGCGCUGCAUGUGCCAUGAGGGCCGUGCCGGCCCUGACUGCCAGCGCCUCGUCUGCCCUGGGGACUGUGGUGCCCCCGCCGGCCAUGGUGCCUGCAACACUAGCCUGGGCCUGUGUGUGUGCCGUGACGGCUUUGCAGGCCCCGACUGCGCCGUGACCCUUGACCCCGGCCACAUUGUCUGGGAGACACUGGUGGACGCUGAGCUGACAGCCGACACGGCCAGCCGGUUCCUGCAGCGCCUGGCACACACCAUGGUGCCUGGCCCCGAGGACACACUCUGGAUGUUCGGGGGCCUCUCGCUGAGCCAUGGCCUGCUGGACAGCGUGUACAGGUACUCACUCCCGGAGCGGCGCUGGACACAGAUGCUGGUUGGGACAGCGGAUGGGGGCCCUGGGCCGGUGCCACGCUACUUCCACGCGGCUGCCUACGCGCCUGCGCGCCGUGCCAUGUACGUGCUGGGGGGGCUGGCGGCAAGCGGUGCCCGCCGCGACUUCUGGGCCCUUGACCUCAGCACCCUGCAGUGGCGCCAGGAGCAGGCGACAGCAGUACCAGCAGUGGCUGGGCACACGCUGACCCCACGCCGCGGCUCGUCCCUGCUGCUCAUUGGUGGCUACUCACCUGAGAACGGCUUCAACACGCAGCUGCUGGAGUUUGACCUGGCAGCCGGCACCUGGCGCGUGGGGGCCCAGGCGGGCACCCCCCCCACCGGUCUGUACGGACACACUGCUGUGUACCACGAGGCCACAGACGCUGUGUACGUGUUUGGGGGGCAGCGCUUCCACGUGGAGACGGUGUCGGCAUCACCUGAGCUGUACAGCCUGCACUACCCCAACCUCACCUGGAGUCUGCUUGCGCCCUCACAUGGUCACAAGGUCAGGGCUUGGGGUUGGGGGUCAGGGGUCGCGGGCAUCCAGGAUGGACUCCACGACCUGAUGCUCUGUCGUCUCCCCUCUUCCCCCCAACACUGUGUGCAGCCGGUGCCUCACGUGUUCCAUGUGGCGGCCGUGCUGGGCGACACCAUGGUGGUAGUGGGCGGCCGUGCCGGCACCCGCGACUUCUCCAACCAUGUCCUGCUCUACCAGGUCCUCUGCAAUGCCUGGAUCCUGCCGGACCGCACUGGCCCAGCAGUGGUGGGGGAGCCGAUGGCGCCGGCCAUAGCGCACGCAGCAGCGGUGGUGGGGGGCCGGCUCUACGUGUCCGGGGGCUUCGCGGGCGUGGGGCUGGGGCGCUUGGCGGCGCUGGCACUGCCCCCUGACCCCUGCCGCGUGCUACCCGAGCCCGACGCCUGCAACCGCUCGGGCGCCAGCUGCGCCUGGUGCCGCGGGGCCUGCGUCUCCGCCGACGCCGCCGAGAGGUUGGGCUGCCUUCCCGGCGCUGCCCCCUGCUUCCCGGCGCCACGAUCGCCCGACGAGUGCCGGCGCCUCCGGACCUGCAGUGAGUGCCUGGCGCUGCACCCCCGUGCUGCUGCUCGGCCGGGCCCUGCCCCCACGCCCGGCCCUGCCCAUGGGCUGCCGCAGUGCAAGUGGUGCACAAACUGCCCUGAGGGUGCCUGCAUCGGCAGCGCUGGGAGCUGCACGUCGGAGAACGACUGUCGUAUCAACCAGCGCGAGAUCUUCGCGGCUGGCAACUGCUCCGAGGUCUCCUGUGAGGCCUCUGACUGCCCCAAGUGCACGGCUGCUGGCAAGUGCAUGUGGACGCGCCAAUUCAAGCGCACAGGAGAGACGCGGCGAAUCCUGAGCGUGCAGCCCACCUACGACUGGACAUGCUUCAGCCACUCACUGCUCAACGUGUCACCAAUGCCGGUGGAGUCGUCGCCACCAUUGCCCUGCCCCACACCCUGCCACAGCCACAGCGCCUGCGCAGACUGCCUGCGCUCCAAGGGCGCCGAUGGUGGCUGGCAGCACUGUGUCUGGAGCACCAGCCUGCAGCAGUGCAUGAGCCCCAGCUACGUGCCGAUGCGCUGCGCGGCUGGGCUGUGUGGGCGAGUGCUGCGGGGGUCUGAGAGCUGUGCCCCACCCUGCGCCGGCUUGCGCCAGUGCGCACUGUGCGUGCGGCAGCCCCGCUGUGGCUGGUGCGCCCGACGUGGGCACAACGGGGGCGGCCGCUGCCUCGAGGGUGGCCUCCACGGGCCCCGCCAUGGGCUGGCGCAGGCAUGCGGGGGUGACGCGGACUGGGCCUUCCUGUCAUGCCCCCCCGAGGACGAGUGUGCCAAUGGUCACCACGACUGCAACGAGACUCAGGACUGCCGUGACCUGGCACGCGGAUAUGCCUGUGCCUGCAAGAGUGGCUAUACGCUGCACAUGGCCACGGGGCUGUGCCGUCCGGUGUGCGAGCAGGGCUGUGUGAACGGGACGUGUGUGGAGCCCAACCGCUGCCGCUGCCACUUCGGUCAUGUGGGCCGCAACUGCUCGGCUGAGUGCCGCUGCAACCGCCACAGCGACUGCCUGGGCGAGGGCCGGCCCGACCACUGCUUGCAGUGCCACAACAACACCAUGGGGCCGCACUGUGAGCGCUGCCGCCCACUUUUUGUGGGCUCGGCACUGAAUGGGGGCUUGUGCCGGCCCUGCCGCAGCUUCUGCCGCGGGAACAGCCCCGUGUGCGUGACUCGCGAGCAGUACGAGCGUGCCCGGCGUGACCCUGCGCACUUCCCGCUGGAUCCUGCCCUAGUCCCAACAUGGGUGCCCGAGGGGCCGUCAGAGGACACAGCCGUGUGUGUGAACUGCCAGAACAACAGCUUUGGUGAGAAGUGCGAGAGCUGCUUGCACGGCUACUUCCUGCUGGAUGGGAAGUGCACCAAGUGCCAGUGCAACGGCCAUGCGGACACGUGCAACGAGUUGGAUGGCACGGGCUGCCCCUGCCAGAACAACACGGAGACGGCGCCAUGCCAGGGCGUGGGUGGCGCAGGCCCGGGCGAGCGCCGUGACUGCUACAAAUCCCAGUGUGCCAAGUGCCGUGACACGUUCCACGGGCAGCCAGUGGGGGGGCUGCAGUGCUACCGGCUCAUCGCAGUGGAGCAGGAGUACUGCUUCGACCCCGCCUCGCAGAGCAACUGCUUCCACGCGCCGCAGCGCCGUGACCUGCCGCGCGGCCGCACCGUGCUCUUCGCUGUGCAACCCAAGUUUACCAAUGUGGACAUCCGGCUCACCGUGGAUGUCACGGCCGGCGGCCUCGACCUCUUUGUCUCUACCGCCUAUGACACCUUUGCUGUGGAUGUAGAGCCGGGCACCGGCGUGCACCGCGUGCGGGUGCUACCGCCCGCUGAUGGGCGUAAUGGCUCGGGGCCAGGCCUGCGGGUGCGUGAGGAGCGGGCACAUGGGUUGGUGACCUACGUGACUGUGCGGCCGCCACAAGCUGUGUUGGUGGUGCGCGGUGUGCGUGAUCGGCUGGUGGUGACGUACCCACACGAUGCGCACGCACUCAAGUCCAGCCGCUUUUACGUGUUGCUGCUCGGCGUGGGCGCUGGUGCCGCCAUGCCUGCCACGCAGGGGUUGCUCUUCUUCCGCCAGGACCAGGCGCACAUCGACCUCUUCGUCUUCUUCUCCGUCUUCUUCUCCUGCUUCUUCCUCUUCCUCUCGCUCUGCGUGCUGCUGUGGAAGGCCAAGCAGUUUGUGGAUGUGCGGCAUGAGCAACGCCGGCACCUGCAGGAGAUGACCAAGAUGGCAAGCCGCCCCUUUGCUCGCCUCACCGUGCUCUUUGAGCCCGAGCCGGGCGGAGCUGGUGCCCCACGGGCAGCCGAGCUGGUCUUUUUGCCGACCCGGCCGCCCAAGCACCCAGCGUUGGGCGCUGCGCCACGCCUGCGCCCUUUCCCUGAGCUCCCCUACGCCUCAGCCCGUGUGCGUCGCUCCGAACCCUUCCUCUCGCACUUGCUGGGCUUCCCGUGUGCCCCCUUCCGUGUGGGACCUGUGGCACUGGAGCCCACCGAGGACGGAGUGGCUGGUGUGGCCACCCUGCUGCUACAGCUGCCUGGCGGCGCCCAGGCCCCCAACCGUGCCUGUCUGGGGUCGGCCCUCGUCACCCUGCGCCACCACCUGCAGGACUAUGGUGCGGCUGGCUCCCAUGGGGCCCCUGGUGCCCACGCCCGCAAGGGCCGCCUUGGCCACGACCACCUCACCAGCAUGUCACUCUGAGUGUCCGUCCAUGCCGCACGCAGGAUGCCUGGUGCCGGGACUCACCUAGGGGCCCACGCCCUCCUGCCUGCUCACGCUGCAUCAGCUGGGCAGGGUAGUGGCACCCUGCCCUGGGGUAAUAAAGGAGCGUCUGGACGCGG